AAAAAGGAAAAGGGUUCUGCCGUUGAGUUUCAGUCUUUCACUCUCCUCUCCCUCACGCAGCUUUUCCAAGUUCCAAAGGUCUUCCAUCGCGCCGCCGUUCGUCUCACCCUAGCCACCCGUCGCGCCGCCCUCCUGUCUCACCUGGUCGUUCGCUAUCCUCCCUUAGUUCGCCAACGCGAGCAUCUCCAGGUCCUGCUCCGCAGCUCUUGCCCGUCGUCCGUCCGUCGUGUGCGUUGGCAGCUCGCCAGUGUUCGUCGCCAGCUCGCCGUCGUCGUCACCAGCUCCCCAUCGUCCGUCGCCAGCUCGCCAGUGUUUGUCGCCAGCUUCCCGUCGUCCGGCGCUCUCCCUCAAACCUCUGCUCACUACCCUCUCCGGUGUGACCCCCGUCUGCCAGUGUUCUGCUGCCCUGAACUGCAUCAACAUAAUUAGCAUACCCAUUGUUGCUGGUGUUCUGCUACUUUGCCGAUACCCUUGAACUUGGUGGUGCUCUUCAAUCUGGAAAACAAAAUAAAAAAUAAAAGUGAAGUGGCCAGGCUGCACCUCAAGUUUUCAUCUUUGCUUUCCUGAUAAGGAAGAAGAAGAAUUAUAAUUCAGAAGAGGAAUUUGAGAAGAAAAUAGUUCAUUUCAUCACUUUUCGUGAAAUUGUAACGCUAGUGUUUACUCUUAUUUAUACUAUGUUUACUUAGAGGUAAUCUUAUUGUUGUAAUUAGGCCUUGCCCAAUUAUACUAAUUACACCAUCACCAUUUUGGUUAGUUAGACACCAACAACCACCUUGUAGGUUUACAACAUUCAUGGAACAGUGUUACUAUGGUGUCAAUGAACAGAACCCGUCUAAGGCUUUGGUAUAUUAAAUUUUUGCCUCACUCAAUUUUCCAACGCUUGUACCUCCCGUUCAAGAACCCAACCAUUCAAACCUUUGUUUCACAAGCCGCUGUAGAUUUAACAUCUCAAUACUCCACACAACCCUCAAUAUCCUACUCCAACCUGUUGUCUCAAUGUGUUGCCACCAAGUCCCUCCAUUUAGGCAUGGUGGUCCAUGCCCAUAUGAUCAAAUUUGGGUUUUCCAACAACCAAAGCCUAAAGAACCACCUUGUGACAAUGUAUUCCAAGUGUCACCAUUUUGGGGUUGCCCGUAAGUUGGUUGAUCAAAGUGCUGAACCAGAUUUGGUUUCUUGGUCUGCUUUAAUAUCUGGCUUUGUGCAGAAUGGGCUUGUUAAUGAAGCCCUUUCAGCCUUGAGUGACAUGUGCAUGUUGGGUGUUAAGUGCAAUGAGUUCACAUUCCCUAGCGUCCUUAAGGCAUGCUCCAUCAAGAAGGACUUGAACAUGGGCAAGAAGGUUCAUGGGAUGACUGUGGUGACAGGUUUUGAUUCUGAUGGCUUUGUUGCUAAUGCUUUGGUUGUUAUGUAUGCUAAGUGUGGGCAGCUAGGUGAGUCUAGGAGAUUAUUUGGCACAAUAGAGGAAAGAAAUGUUGUUUUGUGGAAUGCCUUGUUCUCUUGUUAUAUGCAGAGUGAUUUCUAUGUCGAAGCAGUGGAUAUGUUCAAGGACAUGGUUCAGAGAGGAGUGAGGCCUAAUGAGUUUAGCCUUUCGAUCAUAUUGAAUGCCUGUGCUGGACUGCGGGAUGGUGGUCUAGGAAGGAUGCUUCAUGGGAUUUUGCUGAAGUUGGGACAUGAUUCAGAUCAAUUUUCCAAAAAUGCAUUAGUUGACAUGUAUGCAAAAGCUGGGGAGAGUAAAGAUGCUGUUGCUGUUUUUCGAGAAAUUAAGCACCCUGAUAUUGUGUCUUGGAAUGCAGUUAUUGCUGGUUGUGUUCUUCAUGAGUGUAAUGAUUUAGCUUUGAUGCUUUUGGAGGAGAUGAAAAGCUCUGGAACUUGUCCUAAUUUGUUUACCUUCUCGAGUGCUCUAAAGUGCUGUGCUGCAAUGGGGUUGAAGGAUUUGGGCAGGCAGUUACAUUCUAGUUUGUUAAAGAUGGAUACUAAUUCAGAUUUAUUUUCUGCAGUUGGGCUAAUAGACAUGUAUUCAAAGUGUGAAAUGAUGGAUGAUGCUAGAAUAGCUUUUGAACUGAUGCCAAAGAAGGAUAUCAUUGCAUGGAAUGCUUUGAUUUCUGGUUACUCACUUUGUGGUGAUGACUUAGAAGCAGUCUCCCUUUUUGCUAAAUUGCAUCAUGAGGAUACAGAUUUCAACCAAACUACUUUAUCAACUGUUCUCAAAUCCGUUGCCACCUUGAUGGCAAUUAAGAUGUGCAAGCAACUUCAUGCACUUUCCAUCAAAUAUGGAAUUUAUUCUGAUUUCUAUGUAAUAAACAGCCUACUAGAUGGAUACGGAAAGUGUAACUACAUAGGUGAAGCUUCAAAAAUAUUUGAAGAACGAACUUGGGAAGAUUUGGUGGCUUACACAUCAAUGAUAACAGCAUAUUCUCAAUACGGGGAUGGAGAGGAGGCUUUGAAGCUAUAUCUGCAAAUGCAACAUGCAGAUAUCAAGCCAGAUGCAUUUGUCUGCAGUUCUCUUUUAAAUGCUUGUUCAAAUCUGUCUGCGUAUGAACAAGGGAAACAAUUACAUGUCCAUACCAUCAAGUUUGGAUUUAUGUCUGAUAUUUUUGCAAGCAAUUCCCUGGUUAAUAUGUAUGCAAAAUGUGGAAGCAUAGAAGAUGCUGGUCGCGCCUUUUCUGAGAUACCAAAGAGGGGAACAGUCUCAUGGUCUGCAAUGAUUGGGGGGUUGGCUCAACAUGGCCAAGGUAAACAGGCUCUUCAGUUGUUCAGUCAAAUGCUUGAAGAUGGUGUGCCGCCCAAUCAUAUUACUUUAGUAAGUGUUCUUUGUGCAUGUAAUCAUUGUGGUUUGGUAAGUGAGGGAAAGCAGUAUUUUGAAACAAUGGAAGAAAAAUUUGGUAUUAAACCUACACAAGAGCAUUAUGCUUGUAUGAUUGAUCUACUUGGACGAUCAGGGAAAUUGAAUGAAGCAAUGGAACUCGUAAAUUCCAUUUCAUUUGAAGCUGAUGCCUCAGUUUGGGGGGCGCUUCUUGGAGCAGCAAGAAUCCAUAAAAACUUGUUGCAAAGGUUAGAAAACUUAUGA